UGCUCUCUCUCUCUCCCCACCCUCUGUUCUUCAUCUCCCUCCCCUCUCUCUCCACCUCUCUCAUCAUUGUGAAGGUGGUGUGAGUGGCAGGGCUAGGAGGAAGACACACAGCAUUAGCACGGGCAUCCCCAGCAUCAUCACUCAGCAUCCCUUCACCUAAAAGGACAGAAUGGCAGAGGGCUCAGUAUCAGAAGCAGAGUUAGAGACGGCCUUCAAGAAGUUUGCCAUUCAUGGGGACACCAAGGCUACUGGGAAGGAGAUGAACGGCAAGAACUUUGCCAAACUCUGCAAGGACUGCCGGGUUAUCGAUGGCAAGAACGUCACCGCCACCGACGUGGACAUCGUCUUCACUAAAGUCAAGGCGAAGACAGCUCGUGUGAUCACCUUUGAGCAGUUCAGCCAGGCCCUGUCAGAGUUGGCCCCGAAACGUUUCAAAGGGAAGGGCCAGGAGGAGACGCUGCAGCAGCUCUAUGGCCUCAUAGCAGGGAAGGAGCCCUCCAACGCGGGCGUCACCAAAGUGGCCAAGGCAGCGGCUGUGGACAGACUGACAGACACCACCAAAUUCACGGGGGCACACAAGGAGCGUUUUGACGAGACUGGCAAAGGGAAGGGCAAGGCUGGGCGAGAGGAGAUCCCAGAUGCCAGUGGCUAUGUGGGGGCCUACAAGGGCAAGGGCACCUAUGAGGAUAAGGUCAAGGAAGCAUAGGCAGGAUAGAGGAAACAGAGAGAGAGAGCAGAGCUACUCAGACCCUACCAUUUACCCCAAAGACCCCCUAAAUACUGGACUUUCAAUUAGAACUGAGAACUGAACAGGUAUAGGAGGAUGGACUGUUCAGUCACUGGAUGCCAUAGUAUCAGGGGAGGCCACCAUUGUCAAUAAUAAUUUCUUCUUAACGGACUUGCCUAGUUAAAUAAAGGUUACAUUUAAAAAUGAUAAAUAUAUCCUCAGAGUUACAGGGUGGGGUUGGGGUGGUAGGAUGGAGAGGGCAGGUGUAACGCUUCCAGUGGGGAGUAAACCUGAAUAUGAAACAUUACCUGUAUUAGUUGAUAAAGAAUAAUGAUUUCGUAGGGAGAAAAUGUACUUAAAUAAUCUAUAUACUCCCCCUUCGUAAAUGCUCCAGCCCAACCCCUGACCCCAUCCCUCCCAGCUUUACUAAACACCUCAGUCAGCACACUUAUUACUACAGGAAGUAACUCAGCUCCCUACUACUACAGGAAAUAACUCAGCUCCCUACUACUACAGGAAGUAACUCAGCUCCCUACUACUACAGGAAAUAACUCAGCUCCCUACUACUACAGGAAGUAACUCAGCUCCCUACUACUACAGGAAGUAACUCAGCUCCCUACUACUACAGGAAGUAACUCAGCUCCCUACUACUACAGGAAGUAACUCAGCUCCCUACUACUACAGGAAGUAACUCAGCUUCCUAAUACUAUACACAUUGUGCCUUAUCAUUGAGGUUGCUUCUAACACUAAUGCCCUGGUAUUAUGCACUUCUUUCACCCACAUCCUUCUCAACUGAUGUACAUAGCUUCAUCUGCUCUGCUAUAAUAACUGUAUAUUGGAAAUGUAAAUGGAUGAAUUAAUAAAUACAUUAUUAGAUUAAGUAAUAGAUUAAUGAAUGGUGAAUACAUUCAAAUAUAUAUCAACUGUAUCUGGACAUUAUAGUCCUUUGCUUGUGCUGUAGAUUGGACACAUGGAAUAAGAGACAGAUGAGUCCUCUCCUCCUCUGAGAAGAUGAGAACACUGUCUGUUGGAGGACUGGGAGCCUCCUGACUGCACUGCAUUGUUGUUCUGUCCUUCCUGAUCACUGUCCAGUCUAGCUGUGUCUCCCUCUGUUCUGAAGAGCUGGAAAAUACUAUGUAAACGCUCAAAUAAAUCACUGAGCAGCAAAUCAGA